ACUUAUCUUCAUGAAGCACCAACCAUAUAAAUUGGUCAGGUCUUUAUUAAAAAAAUUAAAUCAUCUUCCUCACUUCCAAUUUCAUUUCUUUGAGCCGUCGUUUCAGAUUUCUUCUUCUUAGAGAGAGUCAAGAGUAACGGUGAGGUUUGGCUCUAAUCAAUCAACGAUGGAGGUUGCUUUUCCGUCUUCACCGCCGGCGAAAUGCAUCGGUGAUGACCGAUUAACCGAAAUUUCCAUAGAUUUCACCAAAUUAGGAUUCCCAGAAGAAGAAGAAAUUAACAAAUUGGAAAGAUCGUGGAGUAAACUCGAAGAAUCCGUCGAGUUUAACGAAGACGAAGACGAUGAAGAAGAUGAAGAAGAAGAAGAGUUUUCGUUUGCUUGUGUAAACGGAGAAGGAUCUCCAAUAACAGCUGAUGAAGCUUUCGAAGAUGGUCAGAUCCGUCCUGUGUUUCCUCUGUUUAACCGUGAUCUUCUCUUCGAUUACGAAAACGACGAUGACAAAAGCGACGACGUUUCGGUCACUGACGAGAACAGACCACGUCUUCGAAAAUUAUUUGUUGAGGAUCGUAACGGUGACGGUGACGGAGAGGAGACGGAGGAUUCUGAGAAAGAACCGUUAGGACCGUAUUGUUCUUGGUCAGGUGGAACUGUUGCGGAAGCGUCGCCGGAGACUUGCCGGAAAAGUAACUCGACGGGAUUUUCUAAGCUUUGGAGAUUUAGAGAUCUUGUUUUGAGAAGUAAUAGUGAUGGAAGAGACGCGUUUGUUUUCUUGAAUAAUAAUAACAACGUCGGUGACAAGACUCGGACUCGGUCUUCUUCGUCGUCGUCUACGGCGGCGGCGGAGAAUGAGAAGAAGGUAAUAAUAACAGAGAAGAAAAAGGGGAAGGAGAAAACGACGACGACGGAGACGAAGAAAAAGACGAUGACGAAAUCGGCGCAUGAGAAGCUUUACAUGAGAAACAGAGCGAUGAAGGAAGAAGUGAAACACAGAUCGUAUCUUCCGUACAAACAAGUUGGGUUCUUCACUAAUGUGAAUGGUCUUAGCAGAAAUAUUCAUCCUUUCUGACCAAAAAAAAAAAACUAAGUUUGGUUUUUGGGUGAUUUUUUUUUUUUUUUUUUGGGUUAUAUAAAAAAAGUUAAUUUAGUACUCUUCGUAUGGGUGACUACUGUUUGGUAGAUUUGGAUUUUAAAUGAUAGCAGAAAGGUGUACUGUUUUUUUUUUCACUAUUUUCUGGUGUUUAUGUGAAGAGCUUGGCUUGUGUACUAAACCAUUUUGUAAAGUAAAAAAAAAAUAAUAUCAAUUGGUUAGAUUUGAUUAA